GAAGACAUGCGCUUUGCGGCAAAGUCCUCCUUUUCUCCACACACGCUUCCAAGCCUCGGCACAUCUCCUCACAUCGCUACUAACUACACUUUAUUCAUCCUCCGUGUCAGGAUAAACUCCACUCGUCUCAGCCACAUUUGGAGAUUAUUAGGCCCGUUUAGCUUGAUAGUUGUUUGAGCGCGCCAAUUAGCUUAGCAUGCUAGUUAGCUUAGCUUGUUAGCCGCUAACAAAGAGACGCGGAUUUGAUCAACACAUCGCUUAGUUAAGAUCAAGUGUGAGUGUAAAGUGUUGUGAUUGUGUGAAAAUGUGCGAAAGAACGAUAGAAAAGUAUAAGGAGGAACUUUGUUGUGUGAAAAUGUGUGAAAGAACGAUAGCAGAGUACAAAGAGGAACUUUCUCGGACAAAAGAAGAGAACGAGAGACUACGUCAACUAUUGGAGGCUGUUUUCAAGAAAGCUCAAGUUGUGUUACACAGAACAGACCUCGAUGAAGAACAUCUUCCUCGUGAGCAGGAGGUGGAACCACAGUACCCCCACAUACACAAGGAAGAAGGGGUACCACAUUCCCAACACAUCAAAGAGGGAGGAGAGGAGCCACAUCCCCCCCACAUUAAAGAGGAAGACGAGAAGCCACAGACCCAUAAUGUUAAACUGACCCUUCACAUUAAAGGGCAAGUGGAGGACCCACUGAACUUACACAUCAAAAAGGAAGAGGAGGACUCACUGACCCCCAACUUUAAAGAGGAAGAGGAGGACCAAGAGCCGCCGCAGAUUAAAGAGGAAGAGGAGGAAAAGGGCAUCAGUCAGCCUAAAUGGUUGGAGGAGUUCCCAGUGACUGGUGUCCCUGUGAAGAGUGAAGAUGAUGAGGUGAAAGGUGAAAGUGAGGAGUGGGGAGGGGGGGAGCCUCCAAGCAGCAGCUCAACACAACACAUGACAACAGAAGCUGAUGGAGACCACUGUGGAGGAUCACAAGCAGACAAGCUCUUAGCUCCACUAUCAGAUAGUGAGGACACAACGUCACACUCUCCUGACACUGAUGAUGAAGACUCUAAAGAUGAUAAGACAUGUCACACUGACAACACUCACUUCACAUGUUCUCACUGUCACAAAACCUUUAAAUACCAUAGUUCUCUGAAAUUACACAUAAGAUCACACACUGGAGAAAAACCUUUUUCUUGUUCACUCUGUAGUAAAGGUUUUACACAACGUCAGAAUUUGAAAGUACACAUGAGAACACACACUGGUGAAAAAACUUUUUCCUGUACAAUCUGUAGUGAAGGUUUUGUAGAAAGUCGCAAUUUGAAAAAACACAUGAGGACACACACUGGAGAAAGACCUUUUGUUUGUUCAACCUGUGGUAAAGGUUUGGCAGACAGUAACAAUUUGAAAAGACACAUGAGAACACACACUGGUGAAAAGCCUUUUUCCUGUUCAACCUGUGGUAAAGGUUUUACACAAAGUCAACAUUUGAAAAGACACAUGAGGACACACACCGGUGAAAAACCUUUGUCUUGUUCAAUCUGUGGUAAAGGUUUUACACAAAGUAGUAGUUUGAAAACACACAUGAGAACACACACUGGUGAAAAAUCGCAUUCCUGUUGAAUCUGCAACAGAAGCUUUUGUUGACGAUCAAAGCUUGUAGCACACAUGAGAAGACACCCAGGAGAGAAAGUGUUGAGUUGCAGUGUGUGUGGUGAAAGAUUGUCUUCUAAGUACCAGUGUAAGAAACACAAGUGUGCUGGUGAGAACAGCAGCAGCAAAUGAAACUGCAGGAUUUGAAAUAAACUCUCAAGACUUUCAUUUUGACUUUCUAACAACUUCAGCACAUAUAACAUGUGUGACAUUGUUGUUUGUCUAACAAUCUGUUUAAUACAUUUCUACAUUUAUAGAUUAGAUAUUUUAUAUUACUGCUUUUUUCAGUCAAGUAAAUGCAUUAAUAUGCAACAUUGUGUACUUAUAUUAAAAAAUGGACGGAACAAUUUGAGUAAAAAGGUGAGAGUAAACAAUAAAAGACAUAUUUUACAUGCAAUAAACAUUUUGUGCACACACACACACACAUAUAUAUAUAUAUAUAUAUAUAUAUACAGUGAAGAUAAUAAGUAUUUGAACACCCUGCUAUUUUGCUAGUUCUCCCACUUAGAAAUCAUUGAGGGGUCUGAAAAUUUCACAGUAGGUGCAUGUCCACUGUAUGACAGAUAACCUAAAAAGAAAAUUCCAGAAAUCAAAACCUAUGAUUUUUGAACAAUUUAUUCGUGUGAUACAGCUGAAAAUAAGUAUUUGAACACCAACAUUAAUAUUUGGUAGAGUAGCCUUUGUUUGCAAUUACAGAGGUCAAACAUUUCCUGUAGUUCUUCAGCAGGUUUGUACAGACUGCAGGAGGGAUUUUGGCCCACUCCUCCACUCAGGUCUUCUCUAGAUCAGUCAGGUUUCUGGGUUGUCGCUGAGUAACACAGACUUUCAGCUCCCUCCAAAGAUUUUUAAUUGGAUUUAGGUCUGGAGACUGGCUAGGACACCCCGGAACCUUGAUAUGGUUCUUAAUGAGCCACUUCUUUGUUUUCCUGGCUGUGUGCUUUGGGUCAUUGUCAUGUUGGAAGAUCCAGCCACGACUCAUCUUCAAUGAUCUGACUGAGGGAAGGAGAUUUUUGGCCAAAAUCUCACAAUACAUGGCUGCAGUCAUCCUCUCCUUAAUACAGUACAGUCGUCCUGUUCCAUGAGCAGAAAAACACCCCCAAAGCAUGAUGCUACCACCCCCAUGCUUCACAGUAGGGAUGGUGAUCUUGGGAUGGUACGCAUCAUUCUUCUUCCUCCAAACACACAUAGUGGAAUUAUGACCAAAAAGGUCAAUUUGGGUCUCAUCUGUCCACAAAACUUUCUCCCAUUAAUCCUCUGGAUCAUCCAAAUGGUCAUCGGCAAACUUAAGACGGGCCUUAACAUGUUCUGGUUUAAGCAGGGAACCUUCCGUGCCAUGCAUGAUUUCAAACCAUGACGUCUUAGUGUAUUACCAACAGUCACCAUGGAAACAGUGGUCCCAGCUCAUUUCAGCUCAUUUCAGGUCAUUGACCAAGUCCUGCCGUGUAGUCCUGGGCUGAUUCCUCACCUUUCUUAGCAUCAUUGAGACCCCACCAGGUGAUAUAUUGCACGGAGCUCCACUCUGAUUGAGAUUGAGCGUCAUGUUUAGCUUCUUCCAUUUUCUAAUGAUUGCUCCAACAGUGGACCUUUUAUCACCAAGCUACUUGGCAAUUUCUCCAGAGCCCUUUCCAUCUUUGUGGAGUUGUACACUAUUGUGUCUGGUGUCUUUGGACAGCUCUUUGCUCUUAGCCAUGCUGAAUGUGUGGGUCUUUCUGAUCGUAUGGGGUGGACAGGUGUCUUUAUGCAGCUAACGACAUCACACAGGUGCAUCUGAUUCAGGAUAAUACAGUGGAGUGGAGGAGGACUUUUAAAGGCGGACUAACAUGUCUUUGAGGGUCAGAAUUUUAGCUGAUAGACAGGUGUUCAAAUACUUAUUUUCAGCUGUAAUACACAAAUAAAUUGUUAAAAAAUCAUAGAUUGUGAUUUCUGGAUUUUUCUUUUUAGGUUAUCUGUCAUACAGUGGACAUGCAACUACCAUGAACAUUUUGGACCCCUCAAUGAUUUCUAAGUGGAGGAACUUGCAAAAUAGCAGGGUGUUCAAAUACUUAUUUUCUUGACUGUAUGUUCUGGUUCACAUCUGAAACAUCUUCUGGACCACUUCAGGAAGCAUAUUAUUAUUUACUUUAUACAUCAUUUGAACAGUUGUCUUUUAUUCACUUUUAAAAUGUGUGAUUUUAUGAAUCAUUUGAUGGGUCUCUAUAAUGUAUUUUGUUAAUUAUCGUUAUUACCCUGAAUCAUGAUGGUUGUGUUGUGAUUAUUUUAUAUGUAUGUCCCCAGGCCUUUAUGCAGUAUAAAAGUGAGAGAAAACAGCAUAUGUUGUUUUGUGGAAAGAUGGCUUUGUUUUAAAAAUCUUACAUUUGUGGAUACAUCAAAUACAUCCAGUAUUGUGUUUAAAAA